AGCAGAUGCGCACGCUUCUUCCCUCCAGCAGGAAAUCCCAAGCCCCCUGCGCCUGGGCACCACAGGUUAGAACCACAUCCCUGCAUGCAUUCAUCUCGGAGUCGCUUAUCCUCGAAUUGAAGACAGCGCUCACCCAACUUCUCCCUCUCCGCCCCUCUUAAUUCACCCAAUAAGCACAACCCCUCCAAAGAAACAUUUCAGCGGAAGAGAACUCUUCUACGGAAAAGUGACUGUCUCUCGCAAGAAGGUGAGCUCUCGUGAGGGAAAAACAAGGACUCUCGGUCCUGGAUCGCCACCACGCGCAGAGGAAAGGGGUACGGAGCUGGGCUGGAACAGGGUGCGCGGACAUGAAGUUGGAGGUGUUCGGCCCCCGCGCGGCCCACGGAGACAAGCCAGGUAGUGACCUGGAAGGCGCAGGCGGUAGCGACGCGCCAUCUCCUCUGUCGGCAGCCGGCGACGACUCCCUUGGCUCGGACGGGGACUGUGCAGCCAACAGCCCAGCGGUGGGCGGUGGCGUGGGGGAGCUGGUGGGAGGUGGCGAGCGGAGCGCGGGAGGUGAACCCGCGGCCGAGGAGGAAGGCCCGGCGGCAGCGGCGGCGACGGGGGUCGUGGCGGCGGGGCCAGGGGCGGGAAGCGCUGGGGGAGGCGAGGGCGCUCGCGGCAAGCCGUACACGCGGCGACCCAAGCCCCCAUACUCGUACAUCGCACUCAUCGCCAUGGCCAUCCGUGACUCCGCGGGCGGGCGCCUGACGUUGGCCGAGAUCAACGAGUACCUCAUGGACAAAUUCCCCUUCUUCCGUGGCAGCUACACGGGCUGGCGCAACUCGGUGCGCCACAACCUCUCGCUCAAUGACUGUUUCGUCAAGGUACUGCGCGACCCCUCGCGACCUUGGGGCAAGGACAACUACUGGAUGCUCAACCCCAACAGCGAGUACACCUUCGCUGACGGGGUCUUCCGCCGCCGAAGAAAGCGCCUCAGUCACCGCGCGUCGGCUCCCGCACCGGUGCUACGGCCGGAGGAGGCCGUGGCCCGCCCAGCUGCCGCGCCCCCACCGCCGGCGCCGGCUCCCCCAGCCUCGCCCCGCGCGCAUUCGCCCGCCCACCAAGAUGGGCGCGUCAGCCCCGCAGGCAAAUUUUCUAGCUCCUUCGCUAUAGACAGCAUCCUCAGCAAACCCUUCCGCAGCCGCAGCGACGGGAACACGGCUUCCGGGCCGCAGCUGCCAUGGGGCGCCGCACCCUGUCCGCCUCUGCCCACAUAUCCCGCGCUCCUCCCUGGAGCGCCUGGCGGAGCCCUGCUGCCACUCUGCGCGUACCGCGCCGCCGAGCCGGCGUUGCCUUCGGCGCCACACGUCCUGCUUGCGCCCUUCUCCGCCUCGGUUCCUGCCAAACCUUUCCGAGGCCCGGUGGCCGGCAGCGGCGCGCACCUGUACUGCCCCCUGCGGCUGACCGCAGCCCUGCAGACCGCCUCAGCCCGAGGCCCUGCCGCGCACCUGCCUUACCCUGUGGAGAAGCUCCUAGCCUGAGCAACAGCCGCUGAACUCCGCCCGGGUGGGCGCCUUCUGGGAAGCAGGGAACACAGGUUCAGAGCUUUGCAUUUUCUGUCCAGAGGAAAGGAGACUUUAAAAGAAAAUUCUCCAUCAAACGUGCCUUAAACCUAAGAAUUUUUUAACAGAAGUGUUUUAGUCCGGAAUGUUUCCUUCACCUUUUAUAAUUUUACAGAGGACCAAAGCAAUUUUUCAUAAUGGUUUGUGAGUUUUUUGAUCAAGCCUGCCCCUCCUUUCCUUCACAAAGACUUUUUCUCUCUUCUGACUGCCCAGGCUCCACCUUACUCCUACUAUUUUUG